AUGGAAGAACGUGACUUGCUUGAAUGCUGUGGAAGCAUCAAGUUUGCAUCGAAGAUGGCUUCUGCUUCUCCAUUCUCCUCGUUGCAACACGCACUCGAUGUGGCAUCCGAUAUUUGGUAUAACAAGAUUAAUGUGCAUUCUUGGUUGAUAGCACUCAAUACUCACAACAAUAUCUGUGAAAAGUCACCCUCCUCACAUGCUGCUAUGGAUUCUAGUAUAGAGGAGAUAUAUGCACUUAGCGUGCAGUAUCUGCAAAGGCAUGGAUUUCCAUAUUUUACUAUUUCUUCUAACUGGGAUGCAGAUGUUAUAUUAAUGGAUCUAAAGAAAAGAUAUAUUCGCUCUACAACUGAAUCACCAGAAACCCAGGCUGCGAUAAAGGAUUUUGAUCUCAACAAGAAGCCAUUCUGGAAGGAAGAUUUGGAUCAUGUUGCUCGUGAGAAAGCUAGACAAUUUUGUGAAAUUUGGUAUCCAGAAGAAUAUUAUGUCUGA